AUGGAACUCACGACUUUUCGAGAUGGGGGCAGUCCUCUUUGUUACAGCAAUAUCCGAAGAAACACUGCUUCUCGUCUCUAUAUACGCUCUGGUGCGAAGCGCGGCCGCCGCACUGAUUUCUCCCGCCGUGGGAACGUUAAUUGA